UAGAAAUGACCUUGGAUGCUGUUUAUUGUGGCACCUUUCUCUUUUUCAUCUCUAUGAAAAUGGUGAUCCCUCUCUUUAUUCCUCUCCAUCUCCAAGUUUCAUAGACUCUCUAAACUUAAGCCUUUUAUCAAUGGCUGCUUCUGGGGUGAAAUUGUUUAUCUUCUUCUCUUUUUUCCUUAUGUUGUUUUUUCAUUGUUCUUAUUCAGUUCCUUUACAUAACCCUUCUCUGAAAAGACAAGCUGCAAUUCUUGUGGCCCUCAAAGAGGGAUUUGAAUCUUUUGAUUCUUCUUUGAAUGAAUGGAAUCUAUCAAACUAUAGGUCUCUUUGUUCUUGGCCUGGAAUUGGGUGUGGUAUCAUGAACACAUCUGUUGUGUCUCUUGACAUUUCUAGUUUGAAUAUUUCUGGCUCUCUGUCACCUGUGAUCACUGAACUUGUAAGCCUGGUGAAUCUUUCGGUGUCGGAUAACAGUUUCACCGGUGAGUUUCCUCAGGAAAUUCACAAGCUUUCAGGGCUGAGGGUCUUGAACAUGAGCAACAACAUAUUUGGUGGAGAGCUGAAGUGGGAAUUCUCUCAGUUGAAGGAGCUGCUUGUUCUUGAUGCUUAUAACAAUGAGCUCAAUGGCUCACUUCCUGUUGGUGUCACUCAAAUUUCAAAGCUGCAACACUUGCAUUUAGGUGGGAAUUUCUUCAGUGGGGAGAUUCCUCCAGGCUAUGGAGGUCUUGAGGAGGUUGUUUAUCUCCAUCUUGGAGGGAAUGACUUGAGUGGAACCAUUCCCGCAGUGCUUGGAAACCUGAAAAAUCUUCAGCAGCUAUACUUGGGGUAUUACAAUGAUUUUGAUGGAGGAAUCCCACCUGAGUUUGGAAAAUUAAUCAAUUUGGUUCAUUUAGACCUUGCCAAUUGUAGCUUAAAGGGUCCAAUUCCUGCUGAGUUGGGCAAUCUAAACAAGUUAGACACUCUUUUCUUGCAAGUCAAUGAGCUGAGUGGUUCAAUUCCUCCUGAACUUGGGAAUUUGAGUAGCUUGAAGACUCUUGAUCUUUCAAAAAAUGGCUUAACCGGAGAGAUCCCUCUCGAGUUGUCGUCGCUUCGCCAGCUCACACUCUUGCACCUGUUUUCCAACAGGUUUCAUGGGGAGAUCCCUCAUUCCAUUUCAGAGCUGAGCAAUCUGGAAGUUCUACAGCUAUGGCAGAAUAAUUUCACUGGGGCAAUUCCUUCAAAGCUUGGAGAAAAUGGCAGGUUGAAAGUGCUCGAUUUGUCGACCAAUAAGCUCACAGGAUUAGUCCCUAAAUCUCUCUGCCUUGGAAGGAAGCUCACCACUUUGAUUCUGUUCAACAAUUUCUUGUUUGGUCCUCUUCCUCAGGAUCUUGGUCAGUGUGACACUCUGGUAAAAGUUCGGAUGUGGCAAAAUUAUUUGACAGGAUCAAUUCCAAAUGGCUUGCUGUACUUGCCUGAGCUGCAACUCAUAGAGCUGCAGAACAACUAUCUCACUGGCAGAAUUCCCGCAGUAACCGGCAAGGUUCCUGCGAAACUUUCCGGAUUGAAUCUCUCGAAUAAUCGGUUAACGGGGUCACUUCCUGCUUCCAUUGGCAAUUUCUCUAGCUUGGAGAAUCUUCAACUGAGUGGCAACAAGUUAACAGGAGAAAUUCCAUCAGAAAUAGGCCGGUUGAAGAAUGUGCUGCACUUGGAUAUGAGUGGAAACAACUUCUCCGGCAGGAUUCCGCCUGAGAUUGGCAAUUGUGUCCAGUUAACUUACUUAGACUUGAGCCAGAACCAACUCUCAGGUCCAAUUCCUGUUCAGGUUACUCAAAUUCACAUAUUGAAUUAUUUCAAUGUGUCUUGGAACAACUUGAAUGAAAGUCUCCCAAAGGAAAUUGGCAACAUGAAGAGUCUAACUUCAGCAGAUUUUUCCCAUAACAAUUUCUCAGGCAUGAUACCUGAAUUUGGACAGUAUUCAUUCUUCAACUCCACAUCUUUUGUUGGUAAUCCUCAGCUCUGUGGAUCCAACUUGAAUCCGUGCAACUAUUCGGCAAAUUCGCCAAUGCAAUUCCACAGCGAAAAUGGUACUAAGUCUCAUGUUCCAGGAAAGUACAAGCUUCUAUUUGCUCUGGGGUUGCUGGUAUGUUCACUAGUAUUUGCAGUUCUAGCCAUCAUCAAGACGCGAAAGGUACGAAAAGGUUCGAAUUCUUGGAAGCUCACUGCAUUCCAGAAGCUUGAAUUCGGAAGUGAAGACAUCCUGGAAUGUGUAAAGGAUAACAAUGUGAUAGGGAGAGGAGGAGCUGGGAUUGUGUACAGAGGAGAAAUGCCAAACGGAGAACAAGUUGCAGUGAAGAAACUAUUAGGCAUAACAAAAGGGUCAUCUCAUGAUAAUGGCCUUUCUGCAGAAAUUCAAACAUUAGGUAGAAUUAGGCACAGGAACAUUGUGAGGUUGAUGGCAUUUUGUUCCAAUAAAGUGUCUAAUUUGCUUGUUUAUGAGUACAUGCCAAAUGGAAGUUUAGGUGAAGUGUUGCAUGGCAAAAGAGGGGGAUAUCUGAUUUGGGAUACCAGAUUAAAGAUUGCCAUAGAAGCUGCAAAAGGCCUGUGUUAUUUGCACCAUGAUUGUUCGCCACUGAUCAUUCAUCGCGACGUGAAGUCGAAUAAUAUUUUACUCAACUCAGAUUUUGAGGCUCAUGUUGCAGAUUUUGGCCUUGCAAAGUUCUUGCAAGACUCAGGAAAUUCAGAGUGCAUGUCUGCAAUUGCUGGCUCUUAUGGCUAUAUAGCUCCAGAGUAUGCUUAUACAUUGAGAGUCGAUGAGAAGAGCGAUGUGUAUAGUUUCGGAGUGGUGUUGCUAGAGCUAAUAACAGGGAGGAGGCCUGUGGGCGAUUUCGGUGAAGACGGACUAGACAUUGUUCAAUGGACAAAAAUGCAAACAAACUCAAUGAAAGAAAGAGUUGUGAAGAUCCUUGAUCAAAGACUAAGUAACAUCCCAGUAAAUGAAGCAAUGCAAGUGUUCUUUGUUGCCAUGUUGUGUGUUCAAGAGCAAAGUGUGGAGAGACCAACCAUGAGAGAAGUUGUUCAAAUGCUUGCUGAAGCUAAACAACCAAACACAUUUCACAUCCAAUGAUCAAUAUAAUAAGAAAUACUCAAUUUUUGGUGCUUUUCUUUUUUAUAUAGUUUCUCCUCUUGUUAUAUGUGAAAUUAGGAGGGUAUUUUUCUGCUCUUGGUUUUGAGGAGUGUUAAUUUUUGGUCAUUAUUGAGGCAUGCAAAAGUGAAAGAAAACAAAUUGUACUAUAAAGUAUAAAUGAAAUGGUACUAUUUGGCUUCA